CUAAAAUGGUGGAUUCAUUUUUUGAAUUAAUUUGCUAAUAAAUUGAACUAUUUUGACGAUAAUACGAAGCUUCGUAUCAGUACAUCAAGAAUGGAUGUUCCUAAUGCUAUAGUAUGCGAAAUUUGUCAACAAGAGUUUACCCAGCAGUCAGCUUAUAACAAACAUUUAACAUGUACGCAUGGUAUUGAUGAUGAUCUCUACCCUUGUAAGAAAUGUGACAAGGUUUUCUACAAAGAGAAAACUCUGAAGGAGCAUUUGAAGAAUGUACAUGCAGUCAACCCAAAAUAUAAAUGCACCAAGGAGGACUGCGAAAAGGUGUUUUCCAACAGUGUUGCCCUCUCAGCUCAUUUCAAAACUCAUGAUAAGGAAUUUGUGUGCUCUUUCUGUGCUCAUACUUUCAGUACCAAAUGCAAUCUACAGCGUCACUUGAGAACACACACAGGUGUUAAACCUUAUAGCUGCCCUCAUUGUCCCAAAAAGUUUGCUGGAGCAAGCAACCUAAGAAUGCACCUCGAGGUUCAUGAAGGUAUUAAGGAGCAUGCCUGUGGUUUGUGCAACAGGCAUUUUAAUAGGAAAGCCCACUUAAAGAGGCACAUGAUACGUUAUCAUAAGAUCGAAGAUUGGAAGUCAGAAUUAAUUAAGGAUCGUGAAUCUAGCAAAAAAGCAAACUGUUAUGUGAAAGGGGUUAAACUUAAAGAUAAUGGUGAUUUGGAAACUGAUUCUGAUGUGUCUGAUGAAGAUGUUGCUGCUUCAGGAAAUGAUUUAGAUGAUACAGAAGACCAAAUGACUGAUGGGAACCAAGCUACUCCGCCUAAAAUGGCCUUCAAUGUAACACUUGCUACUUUAGAGGAUUGUAACAUAAAAGGGAAUAGAUCAGAUGGACUCAUCAAGUGUAAGAAAUGCCAGCAGAAGUUCCGAAAUGAACUGUCCUUUCAGAAUCACUUGGCCGAUACACAUGGUCUCCAGCAGCCAUACUGCUGCUCUGUAUGUGCACAAGUCUUUGAAGACAGACAUACCCUAAAGGAGCAUGCAAAACAGCACAAGAAAACACGCAUCAUCAAAAAACAGCAAAUUAAACAAUUCAAAAUGAACAUGGACAUCAAAGCUGAAAGUGAAAAACCAGCUUACAAUACAAACAAAAUCUUCCCUUGCUCGCAUUGUGAUGAGGUAUGUUAUUCGAGAAGUUCGCUAAAUUUCCACAUGAACGUUCAUGUUGAGAAUGCAGACUAUAUUUGUAAGUUCUGUAAAGCUGGCUUUGUGAAGCAGUACCAUUUAACAAAGCAUAUGCGUCAGUGCCAAGUGAAGCAGAUGUUGAAGGCAUCACGCAGAGCUCAGCGUAAGAGCUUUGAACAUCAAGAUAACUCAGACAUUUCUUUUGGAGAAGGUUCCGAUUACAUCAAAAGCCUUGCUCAGAAUUCAAUUGUAACAAAUGUUUUGGAUCAUAAUGAGACAUCUGACAAUGAAGUAAAUAACAGUGAAAUGGAUAAUAAUAUUGUGGACACAAAUAAUGUUGUAUUUGACGAAAAUGUUGUGUGUGAAGUAGUUGAAACGGAAGAAGUCCCACUUAAUGCUCCUUUAUUGACGAGCUAUGUCCAAGUUCAGCAGGAUGACCAUAGCUACGUACAACAAGAAGACCGAUGUUUUGUGACGCAACAGGAACAGGAUGUUGUUGUUGAAUCUAAUGAUGGGACUCAGAUUUGGGUCAUACAGGCCGACUCUGAACAGCAAGAAGCCACAGUGGAGGAACCUCAUAUAGAACAAGUUGAGACUCAAGAGGAAGAGGUAGAGACACAUAUUGAACAUGAUCAAGCUAACGCACCUCAACAGGUACAAUAUGUUGAAGAGCAGAGUGCCAAUCAACCACAGAUGGUAAUGGUGAAGGACAGAAAUGGACGUCCAAUGAUUGUACCUGUCAAUCUCGUGUGAAUUUCAUUUGAGGCCUGACAAUGAAAUGUGUAUAGAAAAUGAAGAUUUUGUCUGUAUUUAUGGCAAAAUGUUUUGUAAAAUGUACUUGAAGUAGAUUCUUAGUAGAAUGCUCUAGUUAAUUCAAGAAAGCUUUUGUAUUUCAGUGAGAUUUACAUGAGAGCAGUCACACAAAUGCCUUGAAUUUAAAGAUGCAUUAUACUCAGAAUCCCGUUAGGCCUUAAGUUAAAAUGGAACACUUUAUCAGCUCCAUGUUGUUGACACUCAACUCCAUUGACUCAUGUAUCCCGUGUUAUCACAACCUUCAAAGUGAACCCUUUAAUAACAUGGUAUAAACAGCAUUCACUUUUGACAGGUCUUUCAUAUCUUCAUAUGCAUAGUAAACAAUGAAG